ACCAUUCGACUGAUAAUGGCUGCUCGGGGAGGGUAUGAUGUCGUCGUCGAUGUUGAUGCAGAGGGAGACCUUGGACAUACCGACCUGAAUGAUGACCUCGAGUUCCAUAACUCCACGUUCGACCAGAACACCAACGCCCGUACAAAGAUACAGCCCGACGCGAGCCAGACCGGCGCAUUCCCGUCGUCGUCAAACACGGGCCCAGCGUCCUCCAAACGCUAUCUCUGGUCUAUCCAAUUCUAUCAACAGUUCUUCGAUGUGGACACCUCAUCCGUCCUCCACCGCUGCCGUAGCGCUCUCUACCCUCGCACGAAUUUCCUCGAUGUUCUCGAAGGCAACCCAGAUCUCUAUGGACCUUUCUGGAUUGCAACAACGGUCGUGGUGAUCCUCUUCCUCACAGGAACAAUCAGUCAGUACCUGGCUUAUCAGGGCAAGGGACACUUUGCAUAUGAUUUUAGCUUGCUAUCAGGAGCUGCGGGAUUGGUCUAUGGCUAUACCAUAUUUGUGCCUUUGGGACUAUGGGGAGUACUGAAGUGGAGUGGGAGUGAAAGUGCCAACCUCCUCGAGUGCUGGGCGCUCUAUGGAUAUGCGAAUCUGAUAUGGAUUGUCGUGGCACUGGUCAGCUGGAGUCCUUUAACUGCUCUGAACUACGCGUUUACUGCAGUCGGACUCGCAUUCUCGGCUGUAUUCUUGACGAGGAAUCUUUACCCUAUCGUAUCUGCGAUCGACGCAAAAAGGUCCAAGGUAUUGCUCAUUGUAGUCCUGGCGCUGCAUGCGGGGUUUGCUAUCGCCAUCAAGAUCUUGUUUUUUGCGCAUGGCAGUCCGGUGUCAAACGCUGGCGACAAACCAAAGGGAGAAGAUGCAGCAGACGAAGCAGCGGAGCAGAUGGCACGCAUGUUUUUCAGAGCGUAGGUCUCGCCUGUGUUUCAUUGCACGAGAUGAUAUGACAUGAAAUACCUGUAGCAGGCGAGAAAGAAGUGCCUAAGCUUCGCGCCUCGUGUUUCUUCUGGUGCGCAACAGUCACUAUACCUGAGGUUCCAAUGGACGCGUUCACACGUGCAUGUGUGCGCGAUACUCCCAUCAUAUGUUGUAGGAUUGAGUCGAGUCAAAGAAAAGUGUUUCCG